AGCGCUGGCGCUGAAGAAGACGAUCUGUUGCGGAAGGCACGAGAAAAUUUGAAUGCAAUCAAAGGGCUGUACUUAGAACAGCUGAAAGACGAAAGUGGUAACAUGACCGUCAAAUUCGCCGAAGGUAUAAAUCCGUUUGAGAGUGGUCCUUGGAUGUUGGCACCUAUUCGCAGGGUUCUGGAUGUUAUUGAAAAGGAUGGGUAUGUUUUUUGA